UUUAGUACUAGCAGUUGAUCAUUGUUUGGCAUGCGAGAAAUAUAAAUUAUGCAAAUUUCUUGUGCGUUUUGGGGGUCAACAAUUUUAUCCAGAUAUAGACAGGCCCCAAAAUCACUUUAUAUGUAAGGUCACAACUACGAAUAUGUAGCAACUGGACGCUGAAGUGUCGCAAUUCUCUCUAAGUAAAACACGGCAACUGAUUAACUAAAAUAAACCCAUGUGUGUGGAUUUUGUGUGCCGCCCGAAACCUAAAUUGCCCGACAAUUGACAAUUGAGCGAAAUUGGAUUGAAUCACAGAGCCGACUAGCGCCCAGUACAGCGAAUGGAACCCACUGAUUCAGUGAGUCACAGACAGAUGUAAACGCAGCGCGCCUUAGUCCACGCUGUGACCGCAGAGAGCUAAAACCCCUGAUCGGAACUUGGAAAAUGAAUAAUAUCGAUGAUGUUCUGGGAGUGUUGCAGCGAUUUUCAUGGCCCGAUUAUGUUGCGUUUGUGGCCAUGUUUCUACUUUGCAUUGGCAUUGGCAUCUACUUUGGCUUCAUGAACAAAUCCGUCUCCGAGGAUGAUUACAUGCUAGGAGGACGCAAAAUGCUGGUGGUGCCCAUUGCGUUCUCACUGGUGGCCAGCUUUAUUUCUGGCAUUACAUUACUUGGACUGCCCACCGAAGUGUACUCGUAUGGUAUACAGUAUCUAUAUGUAUCACUCGGAGUCAUAGGCAUGGGAAUUGUGAUGGGAGUCUUUUAUUUGCCCGUUUUUCAUGAUCUAAACAUUACGUCCACCUAUGAGUAUUUGGAGGUUCGCUUUGAUCGCCGGCUGCGCCUCUUUGGUUCCAUAAUGUUCGCUAUUAUGAAUGUAGCAUAUCUGCCCAUUGUGAUCUAUGUGCCGGCACUUGCCUUCAACCAGGUAACGGGCAUAGGUGUGCACACCAUUACGCCGAUUGUGUGCAUCAUUUGUGUGUUCUAUACAAGCAUGGGCGGCCUUAAGGCCGUCGUGUGGACGGAUGUGGUGCAGGCAGUAUCCAUGUUGGGCGCCCUAGCACUGGUCGCUAUAAAGGGCAGCUUGGAUAUUGGCGGCGCCAGUGUGGUAUUGGAACGUGCUUGGCAUUCGAACAGACUGGAGGCACCCGACCUCAGCAUUGAUCCCACAGUGCGUCACACAUUAUGGUGCCUAUUCUUUGGAGGCAUUGUCUACUGGACGCAGACCAAUGCGGUCUCCCAGAACAUGAUACAGCGCUAUCUAUCGCUGCCCACGUUGGCGGAUGCUCGCAAGGCUUUGGUCAUCUUUUGUACCGGAGUCUUGAUCCUGAUGGCCUUGUGUGGCUACAAUGGACUGCUCAUCUACGCUACAUAUCAAAAUUGUGAUCCACUAACUACCAAGCUGGCCAAGGCACGGGAUCAGCUUUUGCCGCUUUUUGUCAUGGACACGCUGGGCGAGCUGCCUGGAAUGACGGGUCUAUUUAUUUCUGGCGUCUUUAGCGCUGCCCUGAGCUCACUCUCAACCUGUCUGAACUCAAUGUCCGCUGUGGUAUUGGAGGACUUUGUGAAGCCGUAUGUUAAGAAGCCGCUAACAAAUCGGGCCACCAAUUGGAUCAUGCGUCUGGUUGUAGUGGGCAUAGGAGUGCUUUGCGUGGCCCUAGUUUAUGUUGUGGAGCAUAUGGGUACUGUGCUGCAGCUGACCAUGAGCCUAGAGUCAAUCACAAAUGGGCCACUCUUUGGCAUCUUCACCAUGGGCUUGAUUAUGCCCUGGAUUAAUGGCAAUAGCGCAAUGCUCGGCGGCUGCGUGGGCGUCGCUGUAAUGUCUUGGGUCAGCUUGAAUGCACAAUGGGCCAUCGCAUCGGGCGCCAUUCGCUAUCAAACCAAACCAUUAAACGUUGAACAGUGCAGCUACAGCUUCGAUGCAGCUGCUCUGGUGUCCAGCGCAACCAACGCCACCCAUCUGAAUGGGCCAUCAGCGGAGGAUAUUUUCCCAUUGUAUCGGAUAUCAUAUAUGUGGUAUACGACGUUGGGCGCCUCAGUUACUAUAAUCAUUGCACUGCUCAGCACUCUAGUUUUUGGCACUAACAAUCCCAACAAAGUUGAUCCUGUACUGCUCACACCUUGCAUUCGAAAGUACUUUAGGUUUGAUUCACACCAGCCAACGAACGUCUACAAGGUCGAACUUCCGCUGCAGCACAAGCUAUGCAGCGAUGAGGUGGCUCUUUAGUUGGUCGUGAUAUGAAAAUCAAAUAUAAUAUUGAAUAUAUAUACAUACAUAAUACACCAUAUAAUUUUUCAAAAUAAAUCCAAUUUUUA